CAUGGAUAGGAACUACCCCAGCGCCGGCUUCGGGGACCCGCUGGGCGCCGGCCCGGGAUGGAGCUACGAGCGCUCGGCCAAAGCCAGCCUGGUGUAUGGUGGGUCCCGGACGUCGCACCCUGACACAGACAUCCUGCACCGGCAGGCGUACGCUGCCCCCCACCCCCUGCAGGGCUAUGCCACCAACCACCACCCCGCAGGCCUGUCCGGGCUCUUCGAGACAGGGCUCCAUCACGCCAGCAGUGCCACCCCAGAUGCCUCUGUCAUGAACCUCAUCUCGGCCCUGGAGUCACGGGCACCCCAGCCUGGCCCCUCAGCCUCCUCGCUGCUGUCCCAGUUCCGCACCCCCUCCUGGCAAACAGCCAUGCACACUCCGGCACCCGCUGAGCUGUUCAUCUCGGGCGCCAUCCCCGGGUCCGGCACCUUCCCAUCAUCUUCGGCGCUCUCGGCCUACCAGCAUCCAGCCUCCUUCAGUGGGCGCAGCUUCCCGGUCAGCUCCUCCCUCACCCUGCAGGACGCGGCCUUCAGCCCCAGCUCCAAUGGGCUCCUGUCCCCUCAUGACCCACUGCUGCACAUCAAGUCCUCACAGUCCAGCGUGCCCUCAUCCCUCAGCUUCGACCGCCUGGGCAGCGCUGUCCUUGGCACUGGCCUGCCCUCCCAGAGCUCAGCCUACCGCAGUGCCCAGGAGUCAGCUUCCCGGCAUCUCCCAUCUCAGUUCAACCUGCUCUCCUCCUCCCUGGGGCCCCCCUCAGACCAGACCUCACAGCUCUACAAUGCCUCGGUCUUCUCCAGCUCGCCUGCCUCCUCCAUGGACCGUGCCAUCCCCCGCCAGGACAGCGUCAUCAAGCACUACCAGCGCCCCUCCAGCGCCCAGCCCCAGCUGCCAGCUGCCCACUCCCUCCAGCACUACCUGAGCUGUGGAGGCAGCUACCAGCAGAUGCCCCAUCGCUCCAGCCUCUCCUGCAGCCCCUUGGGUGACCAGUCGCCUGCCAGCUCCGAGAGCUCCCAGCAGCAGCAGCAACAGCAGCAGAAGACCCCCCAGGCCCAGCGCCAGGAGCCUUCACAGACGUAUCGGCCCAUCAUCCAGUCGCCUGGGUACUCGAGUGCAGCUGGUGGCUCCUCCUCCAAGUCCAAGAGCUACUCAGCCUCUCGCCAGACCCCGCGUUCCACCGCCACGCCCAAGUGCCAAAGCAGCUACACCUCAUCCACCCCCAAGCCCAGCUCCGUCAUCGCCAGCCAGUCCCAGGCUUAUUCCCCAGGUCAACCCCAAAGCCUGCUGUCCAUGACCCAGCCCCAAAGCUACUCAGUCAGCCAGCCCCAGAACCUCUCCUCGGCUUCGCAGGCCUCCCAGGGCUUCAGCACCAGCCAAGCGCAAGACCUGACAAAUGUCAGCAAGGCACAGAGCUACCCCACGGGACAGGCACAGCCUGGCGGGCAGGGCGGGCAAGGUGGGCAGGGGCUGCAGACAUGUGGGAGCCAGACCCAGACGUACUCCCCUGAGCAGCUGCAGGGGCUGUCCUCAGUGGGCUACAGCGUGCAGACAGAGCCCCACGUCUCGGUCAGCCAGACACCCAGCUACGUGCCGGCCCACUCGCAGGGCAUACCCACUGCCAGUCCCUCACUCAGCUACAGCACUGGGCACUCCCCAGCAAUGCCAGGCCAUGCCCAGCCCAUUGGCUACAGCCAUGGGCAGACCCUGCCUGAGUCCAGCCCAUCCCAGAUCAUCCGCCCACUCCAGUCACCCACAGCCAAUCGGCCCCAGAGUGUGGCCUCACCCGGACAGUCCCAGAAGUACUUGAGCUCAGUGCUGUCACCUUCCUUCAUGCAGCCAGGCCAUGGGCAGAGCUAUGGCAGUUCCCAGGCCACCCUAGAGCGGGCACCCUCCUACAGCAAGGCCAAGGCAGAUUCAGAUCUGCUGUCUACCGAGCGCACAGAGGAUGAGGACUUCCUCAUCCAGCACCUGCUGCAGAGCCAGAGCCCGCCCCGGGUGCCAGCUGAGGGUCUGGUGCAGUGUGAGGAGAGGGGUGCCAAGGGCUUGGGCUAUGGGGGGCUGAGCAAGUCAGAGGAGAGGUACCACCUCCAGAGCGUCAUCCGCACCAACUCCAACCUGGACAACCAGGGCCUGGAGCUGUCUCUGCAGGGCCUGAAGGACAAGAAGAAAGGGGAGCGGGCCAAGGAGUAUCCUCAUGCCCGCUCCACCCCGGAGUCCCUGGCUACCUCGGUAGUUCACUACAGCCACCAGGCUGGCUCCAUAGACUCCUAUGCCCAGGACAUCAAGAAGUCAGUGGAGCACCUCCAAGGUGGCCACCUGGACACGGGGGGUAAAGACAUGGCUCAGGCCCAUUCCUACAUGCAGAAGACCCCUGAGCAUGCCCCCCAGUCCCACCGCAUGGUGGGCGAGCCCCCACCCAUGGAGCCCCAUGGGCUGCUGCCUGGGCAGCAGGGGGCACCGCUGAUGAUGGACUCGCCACCAGACCUGCCCCAGCUGUCCCUGCCCCAUCCACCGCCACCCCAGCAGGCACCACAGCAGCCGCAGCAAACCCAGCUGUUGCAGUCAGUGCUGACACACACCCAGAGCCAGCUGCACCCCCGCAGCAAGGUGCGGACACCACUGGAUGUCCACCUGCUGGAGUCGCAGCGCAUGCACCCGCCUGAGGCCCCCUCACCCCAACUGCAGCUCCAGGCACUGGAGGCCCACCUCCACCAGGCCCACGUCCGGUCGCAAGGCCUGGAGCCCCAGCAGUCACCCCAGCUCCAGGCCCAGCUGCCACCGGAAGGCAUGGAGGUGAUGCCUCAGGGCGAUGCCAUGAGGGGCCUCUCCCAGCCCCAGGAGAUCCAAGACUUUUUGGAACCUGAGCUGAGCUUGGAGUCCCAUCUGGGCCAAGGGGCUGGGGUCCAACCCCAGUCACACCUGCUCCCCGAUGCCGGCCUGGACCCCGACACCUCCCAACAGGUGCCACAACCCCAAAUGGAGGGCAAGGACCAGUUUGAGAGUGGCAGCCCCCAGGGCUCCAAGCAGCGCUUCGUGCCUCUCACGUCCAUCUGCUUCCCUGAUUCCUUGCUGCAAGACGAAGACCGCAGCUUCUUCCCCGGCAUGGAGGACAUGUUUGGCCCCACAGCCUGCGGCCCUGAUGAGUUCCCCAAGUCCGGCUGCCCCGAGGAAGAGCCCCCCAAUAUGGAGCGGCCUGAAGGCUUGAAAGCCCCCAGCUACGACAUGAUGCCAGCUGGGCAGGGCUACCAGAGCUACUGCCCACCGGAGGGGGGAGACAGCCAGCACUUGGGGCUGGAGUCAGUGGCAGUGAAACAUGAGCUGCCAUCCACCGUGAACACAGAGCAGCUGGGGCUCAUCCAGGGUGGGCACGGGGGUGCCCCUGACGGUGGCACCAAGCAGCCGGGCCUCACCUCGCCCAUCUUCUGUUCCUCCAAGCCCAAGAAGCUGCUCAAGACCUCAUCUUUCCACCUACUGAAGAAGCGGGAGCCGCCCUUCCAGCCACCCAAGAAGACCUAUGCCCAGGAGUAUGAGUUUGAGGAUGAUGAGGACAAGGAGGACGUGCCUGCCGACAUCCGCCUCAACAACCGCCGCCUCCCCGACCUCUUGCCUGACCUCAUCUCCAGCUGCCGGGCUCGGCCCAGCCUCAAUCAAGCUGGCAGUGCCCAAGAGUGGGGAGGGGGCCCCAGUGGAGGCGGCGGGGGCCCCCACCCCGGCGCCACCCCGGCGGCGCCCCCCCCCGGGGCGCCAGCCGAGAGCGGGCUGGACAGCAGCCAGACACGGGAGAAGAUCAAGCAGAAGAUCAAGGAGGUGGAGGAGAAGCAGCCGGAGAUGAAGUCAGGCUUCAUGGCCUCUUUCCUGGACUUCCUCAAGUCUGGCAAGCGGCAGCAGCUGCCCACAGCAGCCACCAGCCCCUCCAAGACACCACGUCCCCCCUCUGCCUCAUCCUCUGCAGCCGCCCAGCCCCCCUUUGGCGUGGCCCAGCCCCCCAUGCUGCCUGGUGGGCUGGACGGAUCCGAGAGCGAGGGGCUGGUCAUGAGCUGCACCAGUCCCUGCAAGCGCCUAGACGAAGAGCUCAAGCGCAAUCUGGAGACCCUGCCAUCCUUCUCCUCUGAUGAGGAGGACUCGGUCAGCAAGAACCAAGACCUGCAGAAGAGCAUCUCCUCAGCCAUCUCUGCCCUCUACGACCCCACUGACCGCAAGGACACUGACGGGGCCGAUGCCCCCCCAGUGGAGGAGAAGUUGCCCAGCCACGCCCCCUCGGAGACCUCCCAGCAAGAGCUCCCUCCAGCUCCCUCCCCUGUGUCCCCAAAGGAGCCUCCCCCGCUGCCACCCCCUGAGGAGCCCCCAGCCCAAGCCUCCCCUGAGCAAGAGGAGCCCGAGGACUCGCGGCCGCUGCACCUGGCCAAAAAGCAGGAGACAGCAGCCAUCUGCGGGGAGACAGAUGAGGAUGAGGCUGAGAGUGGGGGCGAGGGCAUCUUCCGUGAGCGGGACGAGUUUGUCAUCCGGGUUGAGGACAUCCAGGCCCUCAAGCUGGCACUGCAGACAGGCCGGGAGCCACCCCCCAUCUGGCGGGUGCAGAAAGCACUACUACAGAAGUUCACUCCCGAGAUCAAGGAUGGGCAGGGGCAGUUCUGUGCCACCAGCAACUACCUGGGCUACUUCGGUGAUGCCAAAAACCGGUACCAGCGCCUCUAUGUCAAGUUCCUGGAAAACAUCAACAAGAAGGAUUAUGUUCGUGUCUGUUCCAAGAAGCCCUGGCAUCGGCCGCUGCAGGCUGUAAGGAGGCAGAGUCAGCCCAAGGCCUCGGGUCCCAAGGCCCCGGCACCGCCCAAGGCUGAGAAACCAGAGGCUCCAGAGCGUGCAGAGAAGCUGGAGAAGCCGCCCAAGCCUGAGAAGACCCCAAAAGCCGAGAAGCUGGAGCGGGCACCCAAGCCCGAAAAGCUGGAGAAGGCCCCAAAGGUGGAGAAGCCAGAGCGGGUGCCCAAGCCGGAGAAACCCCCUAAGGCGGAGCGGGCUGAGAAGCCGCCUCGGCCAGACAAGCCAGCCAAGGCGGAGAAGGCUCCCCAGGCAGAGAAGCUGGAAGCACCAGCCCCCACCCCUCCCAAGGCUGCCCCGGGUGGCACCACCAAACCCAAACCCGCCAAGGUGAAGGCUGAGCCACCCCCCAAGAAGAGGAAAAAAUGGCUCAAGGAGGCGGCGUCCUCCUCGGACUCAGACUCCAGUCCUGACCAGCAGAGCGAGGAGGAGCGGGUACCGACGGGCCGGGUCCUGAACACACGGGCCAUGAAGGAGAUGUACCGCAGCUAUGUGGAGAUGUUGGUCAGCACUGCCCUCGACCCAGACAUGAUCCAGGCCCUGGAGGACACCAAUGAUGAGCUCUACCUACCUCCCAUGAGGAAGAUUGAUGGGAUCUUGAAUGACCACAAGAAGAAGGUCCUGAAGCGGGUGACACUGAGCCCCACGCUGCAGGAGGCGCUACACACCUUCCCCCAGUUGCACACAGAACCGGGUGAAUCUCUAGUGAAGUUACGCCCAGCCGGGGAGCCCUACAACCGCAAGACCCUCAACAAGCUGAAGAAGAAUGUGUCCAAGCCGCAGGAGUUCAAGGUGGAUGUGGAGAAGUCAUUCUUCUAUACACUGUACCAUUCCCUCCAUCACUACAAGUACCACACCUUCUUGCGCUGCAAAGACGAGACGACAGCCAUCGAGGGGCAGGAUGAGGACCUGGGCCAGGAGGAG